AUGCGAAGGACUCAGUCCAAAGGACUUCAAUUGAUGAAGCUCACAAUUGUGUGUUGUGCUUCGCUUUCGCUGCUGUCAGCGAGCUGUGAGGCCAAAGUGCCAGACCAUGAAGCGUUCACCCAUCAGAAACGGGCUCUCCCAACUGCCGGAGUACCAGCGUCGCCUGCCAGCGCGCCUGCCGUAACAACGCCAGCGAGCGUUACCAGUCCAUCUACUCCACAAACCCCUAGCGAUCCUCGCGCCUGCCAGAAACUUCCAAUUACACCUGAUACAUGGAAGCUCCUCGACAUUGAUAACACAUUGAAGAGCCUACCUGGAGGACAAAACAUGACGAUGGCUCAAUACGCUGCUGCCAACGGUGCCAGGAAUUUCAUAUGCGGAAUCGGGGAGAACUGCAAUGCUGGUCAACUAUGUCAUCCUGUCAAAGCUCCCGCAUGGCAGGUGCUGUACGCUACUCAGGAAUACACUUCCUUUAUGAACGCCUUGACGGACUCGAUCAACUAUUCCCUCUCCCAAUUACAAGCCGUUGCCGCAUCUAUGUGCCAAGACCUCAUCGAAAAUAUUUCUGACUCCCGAUUUGAGGUCGAUUUGAAGUGGAUAUUCACCGACAUGUACCGUGGAAUCGCUUAUGGAGCAACUGCCCUACUUCUCAUCACCUUUUUUGCCAGUGGAGUCCUUGGUGCUUUCGAGGUCGCAGCUGAAAUUCUAUUUUUGACGGGUAUUGGAGCGGGUAUAGCUGCUUGGAUCCAAGGCGCACCCAAGACCGCAUCCUUUGUGUCCUGGUCGAAGCUUUCAUUCUACAUUACACAAGCUCAAGGAGAGCUUUCCCGGCAUGUCACCGAAGCUACGGAAAAGUCUUUCACAAAUGGAAUAACAUCUCAAAACGGUCUAGCCAAGGUUUUGGCAGGCGGCCACUUCUUCAACCCAGCAUCACCCGUUGGCCUCAUGGAGACCACCGAAAAAACAAUCAUGCGUGUUGUCCAAGGUCGCUUGUUGGCAAGGCUACUUCGAGCACAGAAUGCGUAUGUUACGAUCACACCCGAUGAUUGCCACGGCAAAGGACCUGGCGGCGCGCGUGAAGGAAAUGAUCAUCUCUCGUACUGUGACCCUAAUCAGAAACUACUUUUCAAUGUUGUCCGGGCUCACAAAAAGAAGACAAUCAACACUGUUUAUGGCGCAUCUUCUGUUACCAACAAAUACGGCUUCAGUGUCGAAUACAUUGUCAAGAACUCUUGGGAGUGCCAAAAGAAGUACGGCAACUUUGAGCACGAUGUUUUUGCUGACAUCACCAAGGUUUCUCCAAACGACAUCAUGAGUGAAGAUUGUGUUAUCAACUUGCCUGUCUGUGACAUGAGAGAUGACUAUGUACGAAACUUGAAGUACUCCAGGCACAAAACUACCACCUACGCAUGCAGAAAGGGUGCAGGUCUUCCAAUCUAG